UUAUCAAGAUUCAUAUUGCUGAUAUUAUAUCAACAACUGGAAAAGAACAAAUUCAAGAAAUUUGGAGAUUGGAAUAUAUUAUUGAGAAAAAUACUGAUAUUUGGCAACAAUCUUCUAUUAGUUUGUGUAUAACAUCAGAUCAAAACCAAAAUAAUGAUGAUAAUCUGAUAUAUAAGUUUGAUUAUAUCAAGCAAAUCCGAGGUUCUGAGGCUUAUAAUCCAACAUUACAAGAAAUUAAUAGUACUCAACAGAAAUAUGGUCGAGCUCAAGGUAUAACUCGAAAAGCAAUUGAUAUAGCAAUUGCUACUAAUUCUUAUGAUGAAUUUAUAGGUAUUUGUCAUGGAUUUAUAUUGGAUAAGCAAAGGAAUCAAGAAUUAGAAAUAGAAAUAGAAGAUGUUGCUAAUAUUAAGAAUCCUAUAAUUACUACAUGA